AGGUGCCGGCGGUGGAAGGGGGAGACGGAGGCAGCGCGAGCGGGAGCGGCCAUGGAUCGCCCAGAGGAGACCCUGCUGUUGGUUGAGCAUCGCUAUGUGUGCUCCGAAUGCAACCACCUCUCGUCCUCAUUGGAAGAUGCUCUCCUGCAUCACCAACAGCAUCUCCUGACCCCGGGGGGGGGGGCAGGACCCGGCCCCCCCCCUGCCCCCCCCACCAUUCCCGAGGUCCCAGCCCCAUCCCAGCAGGAACACCAGUAUGAGGUACUGGGAAUGAGCACAGAGUUCCCAGAGAGCAGCCAGUACCAGUGCCUGGAGUGUGGGCAGCUACUGGUGUCCCCAGGGCAGCUGCUGGAGCACCAGGAGCUGCACCUGAAGCUGCUGGCGCAGGAUCCCGACGGCAUUCCCGUCGGGAAGAGCAUCCCCCCCACCGGGAAUGCCAUUCACUAUGAGUGUGUGGAGUGCAAGGCUCUGUUCAGCAGCCAGGAGCUGUGGUUGGCCCAUCGGCAGAGCCACCAGAGCCAACCCAUCCAGAUCCAGGUGGAUCGGGAGCAUUCCUAUCGGAAGCCGGAGGAGGAGCAGGGUGAGGACGGGAAUGCCACAGUCCAGCUGCUGCUCUAUGAGUGUGGUGAAUGCUUCCAGCUCUUCCAGAGCCCCAAGGACUUCCUGGAGCACCAGGCAGCCCAUUUAGCAUCCCAAUCCCAUGGGAAUGCCGCCUAUGAGGUCAAGGAGGACCCCGACCCCCCCCCUGCGCCCCCCAUAGAGCAUCGCUGCUCCGAGUGCCCGCAGCGCUUCCCGACAUCCCAUCAGCUCCAGUCCCAUCUGCGCUGCCACCGCCUGGGCGCCUUCCAUUGCCCCCUAUGCAGCCGGGUCCUUCCCAGCCCAUCCAGCCUGGAGCAGCACAUCCAAGGGGAUCACGGCGGCGAAUCCCAUUUCCUGUGCCUGGAUUGCGGCUUGGCCUUCGACACCGAAUCCGUCCUGUUAUCCCAUCGCCGAUCCCAUUGUCCCAACCCCCUUCACCGCUGCUCCUGCGGCAAAGCCUUCAUCAACAUGACCAAGUUCCUGUACCACCGCCGCAGCCACGGCCCCGACCCCAAACCGGUGCCGUCGGUGACGCCGGAUCCGGCUCCGGCAUUCCCAUGUACCGCCUGCGCCAAGAGCUUCCCCAAGGCCCAGCAGCUGGCGCGGCACCAGCGCUUCGUGCACCGCCUGGAGCGCCGGCAUCCGUGCCCGGAAUGCGGGAAGCUGUUCAAGAAGAAGUCCCAUGUCCGGAAUCAUCUGUUCACCCACACCGGGGAGAGGCCGUUCCCAUGCCGGGAAUGCCCCAAGAGCUUCAAUUCCCAAGCCAACCUGCUCCGGCACCGCCUGAUCCAUACAGGCGAGCGGCCCUAUGAGUGUGACGUGUGCCACAAGCGCUUCACCCAGUCCUCCACGCUCCGCCAGCACCACUUCAUCCACAGCCGCCGCUAUCCCUACAAGUGUCCGGAGUGUGGGAUCCGCUUCCACCGGCCCUACCGCCUGCUCCUGCACCGCUACCAUCACACCGGAGAGUAUCCCUACAAGUGCCAGGAGUGUGGCAGCUCCUUCCUGCUCCGGCGCCUGCUGGAUGUGCACCAGCUGCUCCAUAGUGGGAAGCAGCCCUACGUGUGCUCCCAAUGCGGAGCCUCCUUCGUGUCGGCGCUGCAGCUGCGGGAGCAUCCCUGCGGGAAGCUGGAAUGUCCCAUCUGCGGCAAGAAAGCCGCGUCCCCCUCCCGCCUCCGCGCGCACCAGAAGCUCCACGGCAUUCCCAACGGCAUUCCCAACGGCAUCCCAUGCCCGUCCCCCCCCCCCCAGCGCCGCCAGGGCCGCAAGAGCUUCCAAUGCCUGGAAUGCCAUAAGCUGUUCAGCACCGAGACCUCUCUGCACGUGCACCGGCGCAUCCACACCGGGGAGCGGCCGUAUCCGUGUCCGGAAUGCGGGAAGGCGUUCCGGCAAUCCACACACCUCAAGGAUCACCGCCGGCUCCAUACCGGGGAGAAGCCAUUCAAGUGUGAGGAGUGUGGUAAAGCCUUUGCCAUCGCCGUGCGGCUGGCCGAGCACCGGCGCAUCCACACCGGGGAGAGGCCCUACCGGUGCCAGCUCUGUGCCAAGGCUUACCGGUCCUUCUCCAACCUAUGGAAGCACCGCAAGCUGCACCGGGAGGCUGAGGGGAAUGGGGGCCCCCAGUGA